UGAAGGAGGGAUCAGUGGGUCAGAACCCAGCGGAGCGCCGCCCUCAAUCAAACGCAUGAACUUUGUCGCAUUUCAGUUUUCCACACAGUUUGAACUUUUCCCAGCCGCUCUGCCAGCCCGUCCUGCRGCUCCUCCAUCAUGUCCGUGUGGCUCACCGCUGCGGCCGGCCUGGCCAUCCUGGCCUUCGCAUACAUCCGGACUUUCUGCCCGUACUUCAGCGAUGACUGCACCUACGUGCUGCGGAGCCUCAAGCUGGGCAUCAGGCUCACCAAGUACAGGAAGUCCAAACCUUUCUACAGCAUCCUGGACUGCUUCUUGGACGCSGUGAAGAGGCAACCCAACAAGAUCUUCAUCCACUUCGAGGGGCGCGCAUUCAGCUACGGAGAGAUGGACCUGCAGAGCAACAAGGUGGCCCGGGCUCURCAGGCUGAAGCCCGGCUGAAGGAGGGCGACACCGUGGCCCUGUUUCUGCCUAACGAGCCCAGCUUCGUGUGGACCUGGCUCGGUUUGGCCAAGCUGGGCUGCCCGGCGGCUCUGCURAACUUCAACAUCAGGUCCAAGUCUCUGCUGCACUGCUUCUCCUGCUGCGGGGCCAAAGUGCUCAUUGCCGCUCCAGAGCUGCUGGAUGCGGUGGAGGAAAUUCUGCCGGCGCUCAUGGAUCAGGUUCCUCUGGCUGGUAAAGGUUUGCCUAAAGCAGCUGUUGUCACCCAUGAGAGGGUUUGGGCCGCGUCCUUCRUCCAGGCAUCAGGUGGAUCCACAGCAGACGACAUUUUCUACAUCAACCUGCCUCUGUACCACASCGCCGGCUUCCUCAUCGGGAUGACCGGAGGCAUCGAGAGAGGUCUCACUCUGGUUCUGAGGAGAAAGUUUUCAGCCUCUCAGUUCUGGGACGACUGCAGGAAGUACAACGUGACGGUGAUGCAGUACAUCGGCGAGACGCUGCGUUACCUCUGCAACAUGCCGAAGAAAGAAAACGAUAAGAACCACAAAGUUCGAAUCGCCAUCGGGAACGGAGUCCGAAGCGACGUGUGGAGCGAGUUCCUGAAUCGAUUCGGCGACAUUAAGGUCAGAGAGUUGUACGCCGCCACCGAGGGAAACAUCGGCUUUAUCAAUUACACGUCCAAGAUCGGAGCGGUGGGACGCGUUAACUUUCUGCACCAGAUUUUCUUUCCUUACACUUUGAUCAAGUUUGACAUCGAGAAGGAGGAGCCGGUCAGAAACUCGGAGGGUCUGUGCAUCAAAGCAGAAACCGGUGAGCCGUCCCUGGAGAUGACGGGGACGUUCAAGAUGAAGAAGGUGAAGCUGGUGGAGGACGGAUUCAACCCYGCGCUCAUCAGCGACCCGCUUUACUUCCUGGACCCGGACCAGAARACUCUGAGGAGAAAGUUUUCAGCCUCUCAGUUCUGGGACGACUGCAGGAAGUACAACGUGACGGUGAUGCAGUACAUCGGCGAGACGCUGCGUUACCUCUGCAACAUGCCGAAGAAAGAAAACGAUAAGAACCACAAAGUUCGAAUCGCCAUCGGGAACGGAGUCCGAAGCGACAUGUGGAGCGAGUUCCUGAAUCGAUUCGGCGACAUUAAGGUCAGAGAAUUUUACGGAUCCACCGAGGGAAACCUGACCUUUAUCAAUUACACGUCCAAGAUCGGAGCGGUGGGACGCGUUAACUUUCUGCACCAGAUUUUCUUUCCUUACACUUUGAUCAAGUUUGACAUCGAGAAGGAGGAGCCGGUCAGAAACUCGGAGGGUCUGUGCAUCAAAGCAGAAACCGGUGAAACUGGGCUUUUGGUUGGAAAAAUAACUCGGCGCCUUCCAUUUGUCGGCUACGCCGGGAACAAGCAGCAGACGGAGAAGAAGUGGCUUUUCGAUGUUCUGAAAAAAGGCGACAUGUACUUCAACACCGGCGACCUGCUUCGGUUCGACCACGAAAAGUUUAUKUAUUUUCAGGACCGAGUGGGCGACACGUUCAGGUGGAAAGGUGAAAACGUCGCCACGUCAGAGGUCGCAGACAUCCUCACUUUGGCUGCCUGCAUCUUAGAAGCAAAUGUUUACGGCCAGUGA